AUGUUGGGUGUAGUCCCAACCCAACUCUUCGCACCUGCCUCUCCUCUCCUACACCAACUCUCGCCCCACGGAUUGACCAACGGCCGCUCCAUGGAUUUUCGCCCCACCGGCGUGGGCCCACUGUUCACGGGCAGCCUGCGAGCUGUUGACGUGGCGGACGUGCCCGAGAGGUGCCCGAGAGGUGGGGUGCUGCCCCGUGGCGAUGUGGUUCCCCACGGACGAGAAGUGGAAGGAGUAGGUGUGCAGCUCGGCAGGUAUAUUAAGGUUGGUAUGGUGCUGCCAGUGACCUCCGUCACUCGCCAGUCUCAUUCCUCUCUCCUUUUGUCCAUCUGUUCCCCGCUGCCAUCCCUUCCCUCCUCCCCCUCCCCUCUCCCCCCUCCCCAGCUGUGCAUUGUGCAGCCAGUAGCCUCCACCAGUCUCACCAUCUCCUCGCAUGCCUCGCCACCAAGGCCACCAUCACUGCUGUCGACCUCCACCGCGCCCUGCCACGCCCCUCCCUUGUCCCUCAUUCUCGUGGCCGCUGUGGGAGUGAGUGAACUAAUUAGUCCCUCAUGGCAGGGUGCUACGGCAUGCCUCAUCGUACCUCCUGCCAUACCUCCUGUCAUACCUCCUUCCAAUACCUCCUCCCCUUACCUCCUCCCCAUACCUCCUCCCAUACCUCCUCCCCAUACCUUCUCCCCAUACCUCCUCCCCAUACCUCCUCCCUGUACCUCUUCCCCAUACCUCCUACCACACCUCCUCGCCACACCUCCUACCAUACCUUCUCGCCAUACCUCCUGCCAUACCCCCUACCAUACCUCCUUGCCAUACCUCUUUCCUUACCUCCUGCCAUACCUCUUGCCAUACCUCCUGCCGUACCUUCUCCCCAUACCUCCUCCUGCACACAUGCUCCUUGCCUGCCCCUCCCUUGUAUUCUGCCAGCUCACGCUCUUUCAUUUCACCACACCAUGCCCGGCAUUACAGGGUGCGGUGCACUGCCCUUCCUUGCUUGCCCCUACCCGUCGCUUCUUCCUCCCGCCUCCCCUCCAUCUUCCCAUCCCCACAUCUCCUUUCCACUUUCACCCCCAGCUCGUCCAACACAUUGGGUCAAGACGCCCGGCACUACAGCGUGCGCCUCAUCUCAUCCCUCCCUUCUCCGUCAUCCCCCCCGCCACCACCCCACCCACCACCCCCCAGCUCUUUCAGCUCAUCAUGGCAGGGCGCUAUAGGAUAAUGACCUCCCCGCCCUACCGACUCCCCGGGCCCCUGGGUUCCCACGGUGCUGCCACCUGUUUCGACUCACUCGGGCCCAUGUGGGAGGUACCAUCUCUGCCUCUUCUCACCAUUCAUCAUCCUCACCCUCCGCAACAGCAAGGAGCUGCUGUCACUCGACUAAAUCUCGACACUUGGCAGACGCCGAUACGAGCUCGCAUGGGUGCAGUUCAACAGUAG